CCAUUUGUUGCAAGGUGGCUACUUUCUUAAGCAGGAUUGUUUUGGUGGCUGUUUUCAAAGCAGUUUGUUACCAUUUCAAAGGUCAAACAGAUAAUGAUUAAGUUGUGCAUCACUUAAGGGUAGAUUUUGACCUCUCAGAAGUUGAAGAGUACUGAAGAUCUAAGAUCAUUUACAUCCCUUAGGAAGAAAAAAAGAACAUCGCCUUCUAGGGCAAAGAAGAAAAAACUGAAAAGUUGCAGGAUGUUCUACAGGUCAAAGUACAUUUGCCUGGUUUGCCUUCUUCCAAGUCCCACACUGAGUUGGUUGGAGCGUCCUCCCUCUUACCCAACAGGCAGGAGGGUUGGUGAGGAACAUGUCCUCACCUUUUCUUUGGAGUUUGAUUAUUUUAUUGACAUUUGCUGAAUUAGAUGGUGAAGCUGGAGGACUUGAGCUGCAGAGACAAAAAAGAAGUUCUGAUCUCCAACAGCCUCGAAUGACUACAGAAAGGGGAAAUUUAGUGUUUCUUACUGGGUCUACUCAAAACAUUGAAUUUAGAAGUGGAUCCCUGGGAAAAAUUAAAUUAAAUGAUGAAGACCUUGAUGAAUGUUUGCAUCAGAUCCAGAAAAACAAAGAUGAUAUUACAGAUUUAAAAAGGAGUGCAAUUGAUCUGCCUCAAAAUAUUUCUAGUCAAAUCUAUCAGCUUAAUUCCACGCUUAUGGAUCUUGAGAGAAAAUUUCAAAGCUUACAGCAGACAGUUGACAAAAAGGUUUGCAGCAGCAAUCCCUGCCAAAAUGGUGGAACCUGCCUCAAUCUUCAUGAUUCCUUUUAUUGUAUCUGUCCCUCACAGUGGAAGGGUCCUCUGUGCUUAGAUGAUGUUAACGAAUGUGAGAUUUACUCGGGAACACCCUUCGGCUGCCAGAAUGGAGCCACAUGUAUAAAUACAGCAGGGAAUUACAGUUGUCACUGCUCACCUGAGACUUAUGGCCCCCAGUGUGCAUCCAAAUACAAUGACUGUGAGGAGGGCUCCACGGUGCUCUGCAUCCACGGCAUCUGUGAGGAUCUAGUCCGCGUGCAGGCUGGACAGCCCAAGUACAGCUGCAGCUGCGAUGCUGGGUGGACGUCGCUGGAGAACAGCUCGGCCUGCACGCUGGACAGAGACGAGUGCAGCCUCCAGCCUGAGCCUUGUUCAUCCCUUGUCCAGUGUUUCAACACUCCAGGCUCUUUCUAUUGUGGGGCCUGUCCAAUAGGCUGGCAAGGAAAUGGAUACUAUUGCGAAGAUAUUGAUGAAUGUGAGAUAAACAAUGGCGCUUGUUCUCUGGUUCCCCAUGUUGAGUGUGUGAAUACACUUGGAUCUUACCACUGUGAGGCCUGUCCGCCAGGGUACGAGGGCAAUGGAAGAGUGUGCACACUCAUAGACAUCUGCUUGGUCGAUAAUGGAGGCUGCCACACAGACGCGUCAUGCUCCUCAGUUCUAGGUUCCUUACCUCUCUGCACUUGUCUCCAGGGAUAUACUGGAAAUGGUUACGGGCCAAAUGGAUGUGUGCAACUCAGUAAUAUUUGCCUGAGUCACCCCUGUCUAAAUGGCCAAUGCAUUGAAACAGUCUCUGGUUAUCUUUGUGAGUGUGACUCAGGUUGGGCUGGUAUCAACUGCACGGAAAACAUCAAUGAGUGUCUGAGCAACCCGUGCCUGAAUGCGGGAGCUUGCGUCGACGGUAUUAAUGCUUUCAGUUGUGAAUGCACAAGUUUCUGGACUGGACUUCUCUGUGAGAUUCCCCAGCAAGUUUGUGGAGGGUCCCUGUCAGGGAUGAAUGGAAGCUUCGGCUAUAUGAGCCCUGAUGUUGGUUAUGUUCAUGACAUUAAUUGCUUCUGGGUUAUCCAAACUGAAGAGGGAAAGGUGCUUCGUAUCACUUUCACUUAUUUCCAGUUAGAAUCAGUGGAUAAUUGUCCAUAUGAGUUUCUUCAGAUUCAUGAUGGAGAUUCCUCGGCAGCAUUUCAACUUGGAAGAUUCUGUGGCUCCAGACCCCCUAAUGAACUUCUCAGUAGUGACAAUGCUCUCUAUUUUCAUUUCUAUUCUGAACAUUUAAGAAAUGAGAGAGGCUUUACAAUAAGAUGGGAAACACAGCAACCAGAGUGUGGAGGUGUAUUGACUGGUACUUAUGGUUCUAUUAAGUCUCCGGGAUAUCCUGGAAAUUAUCCCCCGGGAAGAGAUUGUAUCUGGAAAGUUAUAACCAGUCCUGACCUCCUGAUUAUAUUUACUUUUGGGACCUUGAGUCUGGAGCACCAUGAAGAUUGCAGCAAAGAUUAUCUUGAGAUUCGAGAUGGUCCUUUGUAUCAGGACCCUGUUCUUGGGAAAUUCUGCACCUCUCUCUCUGUCCCACCACUGCAGACUACAGGUCCCUUUGCCAGAAUUCAUUUCCAUUCUGACAACCAGACUAAUGACCAAGGCUUCCAUAUCACCUACUUAACAAUACCUUCGGAUCUGCAUUGUGGAGGGAACUACACAGACCCAGAGGGUCUUCUCUCUGCUGACUUGUCUGGACCUUUCACUCACAAUGGACAAUGUGUCUAUAUUAUAGAGCAACCCUUGGGAGAACAAAUAGAGGUCAACUUCACUUCCGUGGCACUGGAAGGCCAGAGUGGCUGUUCUCAGAGUUACAUUGAGGUUCGAGAUGAUGAAACAUUACUUGGAAAAGUCUGUGGCAAUGAAACCUUGUCUCACAUUAAAUCCAUUACUAAUAGUAUCUGGAUCAGGCUUAAAAUAGAUGCUUCUGUUGUAAGAGUUGGUUUCAGAGCUCUUUAUCAAGUUGCUUGUGGAGGAGAAUUAACUGGAGAAGGGGUCAUUCGCUCACCCUUUUAUCCUAACGUGUAUCCAGGAGAAAAGAUCUGCAGGUGGACCAUCCACCAACCUCAAAGCCAAGUAGUUCUUCUCAACUUCACUAGCUUUGAAAUUGGAAAUUCUGCCCACUGUGAUACAGAUUAUAUUGAGAUUGGUAGCAGUUCCAUUUUGGGUUCUCCUGAAAAUAAAAAAUAUUGUGGCACAGACAUACCUUCACUUAUAUCAUCCGUGUACAAUUUUCUUUAUGUCAUGUUUGUGAAAAGUUCUUCUACUGAAAAUCACGGUUUCAUGGCUAAAUUCAGUACUGAAGAUUUGGCAUGUGGACAAAUUCUUACAGAGUCAACAGGAAUCAUUCAAAGUCCCGGCCAUCCAAAUAUCUACCCCCAUGGUGUCAACUGUACCUGGUAUAUAUUAGUCCAACCUGGCUACCUGAUUCAUUUGACAUUCGAGAGCUUUCAUCUGGAGUUUCAUUACAACUGCACAAAUGACUAUCUGGAAAUUUAUGAUCCUGGAUCUGGGACAUUUCUCGGAAGAUAUUGUGGAAAAUCGAUCCCGCCCUCUCUGAUCAGCAGCACCAGCUCAUUGAUGCUCAUAUUUGUGGCUGACUCUGACCUCGCUUAUGAAGGCUUUUCAAUAAGCUAUGAAGCAAUCGAUGAAUCAGCAGCAUGCUUGGAAGACUAUACAAAUGAAUCUGGGACAUUGACUUCUCCAAACUUCCCCAGUAAUUACCCCAACAAUAGGAAAUGCAUUUAUAGGAUCACGGUGGCAACCAGCCAACAGAUUGCCUUGCAUUUCACAAACUUCUCCUUGGAGGAAGCCAUUGGUGGAGAAUGUAUAGCAGAUUUUGUGGAAAUCAGAGAUGGAGGCUAUGAAAAUUCACCAUCCGUGGGAAAAUACUGUGGCUCAGAGCUACCUCCAAGAAUCAUCUCUCACAGUAACAAACUGUGGUUAAAAUUUCAGAGUGACUUCUUUGACACAGGGCCUGGAUUUUCAGCUUACUGGGAUGGAUCAUUAACAGGUUGUGGGGGCAAUCUCACCACUCCCACUGGUACGUUCACAUCUCCCAACUACCCCAUGCCCUACUACCACAGCUCCGAAUGCUACUGGUGGCUGAAAGCUAGCCACGGCAGCCCAUUUGAACUGGAAUUUGAAGACUUCCACCUGGAGCCCCAUCCCAACUGCACUUUAGAUUAUCUGGCUGUAUAUGAUGGCUCAAGUACCAGCUCUCAUCUGCUAGCUCAGCUGUGUGGGGACGAGAUCCCGUCUCCCAUCCGUUCUAGUGGAGACAGCAUGUCUUUAAAACUGAGGACAGAUGAAGGUCAACAAGGAGGUGGCUUUCUGGCCACAUACAAGCAGAUUUUGGCGUUUGAAUUGGAAAGUCACACAGACUGCUCCACAGACUAUUUAGAGCUCUAUGAUGGCACACAGCGGAUAGGGCGCUACUGUGGAGCAGAUAUUCCGCCUCCGGGGAGCACCACAGGCUCCAAGCUCCAAGUGCUGUUCCAUACUGAUGGGGUUGGCCACCACGAGAAAGGAUUUCAGAUGCAGUGGUUCGUUCACGGUUGUGGUGGGGAGUUGUCCGGGGACACAGGCUCCUUCAGCAGCCCCGGGUACCCCAAUACCUAUCCGCCCAACAGGGAGUGCAUCUGGUACAUUAGCACCGCCGCGGGGAACAGCAUUCAGCUCACCAUCUACGACUUCGAUGUGGAGUAUCAUGCAAGCUGCAACUUCGACGUCCUGGAGGUCUAUGGAGGCCCUGAUUUCCACUCUCCCAGAAUAGCCCAGUUGUGUGCCCAAAGAUCAUGGGAGAAUCCCAUGCAGGUCUCCAGCACUGGAAAUGAGCUGGCAAUUCGAUUUAAGACCGACAGCUCCGUAAAUGGGAGAGGCUUCAACGUCUCAUGGCAAGCAGUCCCUGGAGGUUGUGGUGGGAUUUUCCAGGCUCCCAGUGGAGAGAUUCAUUCUCCAAAUUACCCCAGUGCUUCUAGAAGUAACACUGAGUGUUCCUGGGUCAUUCAGGUGGAAAGAAAUCACCGUGUUCUUUUGAACUUCACUGACUUUGACCUUGAACCUCAGGACUCUUGUAUUAUGGCAUAUGAUGGUUUAAGCUACACAGCUGCCCGCCUUGCCAGUGUGUGUGGAAGACAGCAACUCACUAACCCCAUCACCUCCACAGGAAACAGCCUCAUUGUGCGAUUUCAGUCUGGCUCUUCCAGACAGAGCAGGGGCUUCCGAGCUCGCUUCAGGCAAACCUGUGGAGGCUACAUCCUCACCGACUCAUUUGAUACUAUAUCCUCUCCAUUGUUCCCUGCCAAGUACCCAAACAAUCAGAACUGCAGCUGGAUAAUUCAAGCUCAGCCUCCAUUCAAUCAUAUUACCCUCUCCUUCAGUCACUUUGGCCUUGAAAGCAGCACAUCGUGUACAAAAGACUUUUUAGAAAUUUUGGAUGGCGGUUACGAUGACGCGCCCCUCCGAGGCCGCUAUUGUGGUACCUCCAUGCCCCAUCCCAUCACUUCCUUCAGCAAUGCCCUGACGCUGAGGUUCGUCUCUGAUUCUAGAGUGAAUUUUGACGGUUUCCGUGCUACAUACACUGCAUCAUCAUCAGCUUGUGGUGGAACCUUCUACAUGGCUGAAGGCACGGUCAACAGCCCUGGCUACCCGGAGGUUUAUCCCUCUAAUGUGGAAUGUGUCUGGAACAUUGUCAGUUCCCCUGGCAACCGGCUCCAACUGUCUUUUAUAACUUUCCAGUUGGAGGAUUCUCAGGACUGUAGCAGAGAUUUUGUGGAGAUCCGGGAAGGAAACAUCACUGGUCACUUGGUGGGACGAUACUGUGGACACGUCCUCCCCCUCAAUUAUUCGUCCAUUGUUGGGCAUAUCCUGUGGAUCAGAUUUGUCUCUGACGGCUCAGGCAGUGGCAUAGGCUUCCAGGCCACGUUUACUAACAUAUUUGGCAAUGAUAAUAUUGUGGGAACUCAUGGGAAAGUUGCCUCUCCCUUAUGGCCUGGAAAUUACCCCCACAACUCCAAUUACCAAUGGAUAGUAAAUGUGAACGAGUCUCAAGUUAUCCAUGGUAGCAUCUUAGAGAUGGACAUUGAAGCAGCAAGUUACUGCUAUUAUGACAAAUUAAGGAUUUAUGAUGGGCUUGGCGUUCAUUCCCGCCUAGUUGGAACUUACUGUGGUACCCAGACUCAAUCUUUUAGCUCCAGUAGAAAUUCUUUGACAUUUCAGUUUUCUUCUGACUUUUCAGUCUCAGGGAGAGGAUUCCUUCUGGAGUGGUUUGCAAUGAAUGUCUCUGCUGGACCUUUACCUACUAUCGCUACAGGUGCUUGUGGUGGGUUCCUGAGGACAGGAGAAGCGCCCGUCUUUCUUUUCUCCCCGGGCUGGCCCGGAAGCUACAGUGAUAGAGCUGACUGCACGUGGCUUAUUCAGGCUCCAGAUUCUACUGUGGAACUCAACAUCCUUUCCCUGGACAUUGAAGCUCAUAGAACGUGCAACUAUGAUAAACUUGUGAUAAGAGAUGGAGACAAUAACUUGGCCCAGCAGCUAGCAGUUCUCUGUGGCAGAGAGAUCCCUGGACCCAUUCGGUCUACUGGAGAGUACAUGCUAAUCCGGUUCACCUCCGACUUCAGUGUAACCGGAGCGGGCUUUAAUGCAUCCUUUCAUAAGAGUUGUGGUGGAUAUUUGCAUGCAGACAGGGGAAUUAUCACAUCACCUAGUUAUCCGGAGACCUACGCUCCCAACCUCAACUGCUCUUGGCGGGUCCUGGUCCAGAGUGGUCUGACGAUCGCCGUCCAUUUUGAACAGCCCUUCCAGAUCCCAAAUGGAGAUUCUUCUUGCAACCAAGGAGAUUACUUGGUGCUAAAAAAUGGACCAGAUAUCUAUUCUCCACCUUUGGGACCCCAUGGAGGAAAUGGUCAUUUUUGUGGCAGCCGUCCUUCAUCCACUCUCUUCACCUCAGAUAAUCAAAUGUUUGUUCAGUUUAUUUCUGAUAACAGUAACGGAGGGCAAGGAUUUAAGAUCAGAUACGAGGCAAAGAGUUUGGCCUGUGGGGGCAAUAUCUACAUCCAUGAUGCAGAUUCUGCUGGAUAUGUGACCUCUCCGAACCACCCCGACAAUUAUCCCCAGCACACUGACUGCAUUUGGCUCAUAGCUGCUCCUCCCGGGAAGCUCAUAAGGCUGCAGUUUGAAGAUCAAUUCAAUAUAGAAGUAACACCCAACUGUACAUCCAAUUACCUUGAGUUGCGAGAUGGAACUGAUUCAAAUGCACCAGUACUUUCCAAGUUUUGUGGGACAUCUUUGCCCAGCAGUCAGUCGUCCUCAGGAGAGGUGAUGUAUUUGAGAUUCCGGACUGACAACAGCCCAACUCAUGUGGGAUUCAAGGCCAAAUAUUCUAUAGCCCAGUGUGGGGGAAGAGUUACAGGGCAAAGUGGUGUCAUUGAAAGCAUCGGAUAUCCAACCCUUCCGUAUAGAGACAAUUUAUUCUGCCAGUGGCAUUUCCAGGGUCCCUCAGGACACUAUCUCACCAUCCAUUUUGAAGACUUUAACCUUCAGAAUUCCUCUGGCUGUGAAAAUGACUUUGUGGAGAUCUGGGAAAGCCAUACCUCAGGAAAUUUACUGGGCAGAUACUGUGGAAAUACCAUUCCCAACAACAUAGACACUUCUAGCAAUGUCGCUUUGGUCAGGUUUGUCACAGAUGGCUCUCUUACUGCCUCAGGAUUCAGACUACAUUUUCAAUCCAGUCUGGAAGAGUGUGGUGGGAAUCUACAGGGCCCUACUGGAACAUUUACUUCUCCCAACUACCCGAACCCAAAUCUUCAUGGCCGGAUCUGCGAGUGGAGAAUCAUUGGACAGGAAGGCAGGCAGAUCACCCUAACUCUUAACAACCUGAGGCUGGAAGCUCAUCCAUCCUGCAGCAGUGAGAGUGUGACAGUAUUCAAUGGUAUUAGAAGUAAUUCGCCCCAGCUAGAGAAACUGUGUAGUAGUGUGAAUGGAAGCGACCAGAUCAAGUCUUCAGGAAAUACUAUGAAAGUCAUUUAUUUCACUGAUGGAUCCAGGCCAUAUGGAGGCUUCACUGCUUCCUACACAUCCGCUGAAGAUGCAGUGUGUGGCGGGUCUCUUACAAAUUCCCGUGGAGGAAACUUGACUUCUCCUGGCUAUAAUGGGGUCAGCAAUUACUCAAGAAACCUAAACUGUGAAUGGACCCUCAGCAAUCCAAAUCAGGGAAAUUCGUCCAUCUACAUUCAUUUUGAGAAUUUUUACCUAGAAAGUCAUCAAGACUGUCAAUUUGAUGUCCUAGAGUUCCGAGUGGGUAAUGCUGGUGGGCCUCUGAUAUGGAGAUUUUGUGGACCUUCAAAACCUACAAUGCCGUUGGUUAUACCUUAUCCUCAGGUGUGGAUACACUUUGUCACCAAUGAACGUGAAGAACAUGUUGGAUUCCAUGCAGAGUAUUCCUUUACAAACUGUGGUGGGAUACAGACAGGUGAGAGUGGAGUGAUCACCAGCCCCAACUAUCCAGCCUCUUAUGACAGCCUGACCCACUGUUCCUGGUUGUUGGAAGCCCCACCAGCCCACACCAUCACUCUUACAUUUACUGACUUUGAUAUUGAAACCCACGCAACCUGUGCUUGGGACUCUGUGACUGUCAGGAAUGGUGGUUCUCCUGGAUCGCCCAUUAUAGGACAAUACUGUGGAAGUUCAAAUCCCAGGACAAUCCAGUCUGGUUCCAACCAGCUGGUGGUGAUUUUUAACUCCGACCACUCGGUGCAAAAUGGUGGAUUUUAUGCUACGUGGAGCACACAAACAUUAGGUUGUGGUGGAAUAUUUCAUUCAGAUAACGGUACACUCAGAUCCCCUCACUGGCCUCAGAAUUUUCCUGAGAACAGCAGGUGUUCCUGGACGGUCGUGACUCACGAAAGUCAACACUUGGAGAUCAGCUUUGACAACAACUUCCUAAUCCCCAGCGGUGAUGGACGGUGUCAGAACAGCUUUGUGAAGGUGUGGGCAGGAACAGAGGAGGCCAGCAAAGCCCUGUUAGUCACGAGCUGUGGGAACGUGUCUCCCGGCUCCAUCAUCACACCCGGAAAUGUGUUCACUGCCGUGUUCCAGUCUCAGGAGGCUCCAGCUCAGGGCUUCUCUGCAUCCUUUGUAAGCCGAUGUGGACGUAAUUUCACUAACCCUUCAGGUUACAUCGUUUCUCCAAACUACCCAAAGCAAUAUGACAACAACAUGAACUGCACCUACAUCAUAGAGGCUGAUCCCCUGUCCGUGGUCCUCUUGACUUUUGUGUCGUUCCAUUUGGAAGCUCGCUCAGCCGCCGCGGGAAGCUGUGUCAGUGACGGCGUGCACGUUAUCAGGGGUUCCAGCGUGGCUUCUACCCCUUUCGCCACCGUGUGUGGCGAUGAGAUCCUGUCUCCUGUCUCCGUCUCUGGUCCACUGCUGCUUAACUUCUACUCUAACGCGCACACCACGGACUUUGGAUUCAAGUUUUCCUACAGGAUAACCCCCUGUGGUGGUGUGUUCAACGUCUCCACGGGGAUCAUCAGGAGCCCUGCCUACUCAUACUCAGACUACCCUGACAAUAUGUACUGUCUGUAUACCAUCACCGUUAGAGAUGACAGAGUGGUUCAGCUCAAGUUCAGUGAUUUUGAUGUGGUUCCCUCCACCUUCUGCUCCCAAGAUUACCUGGCAAUUUAUGAUGGUUCUAACGUCAGCGAUUCUCUUCUUGGCAAAUUCUGUGGUUCCAAACUUCCACCAAAUGUUAAGAGCAGCAACAAUAGUAUGCUCCUGGUGUUCAAGACAAACUCAUUUCAAACAGCAAGAGGUUGGAAGGUAUCUUUCCAGCAGACACUGGGGCCUCGGCAGGGAUGUGGUGGUUAUCUGACAGGUUCAAAUUAUACCUUUGCCUCUCCUGAUUCUGAUAAGAAUGGAAGAUACGACAAGAGUUUAAACUGCAUAUGGUUCAUAACGGCACCUGUAAACAAAGUAAUUAAGCUCACCUUCAAUACAUUUGCUCUGGAGGCAGCAACUACUUUGCAAAGAUGCAUUUAUGACUAUGUAAAGUUGUAUGAUGGGGAUAGUGAAAAUGCCAAGUUGGCUGGAACAUACUGUGGUUCCAUCCUACCUGCUCCCUUUGUCUCUUCUGGUAACUUCCUUACCGUUCAAUUUGUCAGUGACAUAAGUUUGGAAAGGGAAGGAUUUAAUGCUACCUAUACCAUUGUGGACAUGCCUUGUGGUGGAACAUAUAACGCAACUUGGACCCCACAAAGUGUUUCAUCGCCCAAUUCAUCAAACCCAGAUGUCCCAUUUUCCACGUGUACUUGGGUCAUUGAAGCUCCUCCACAUCAGCAGGUCACAAUAACUGUGUGGGCUUUACAGCUGCUCUCGCAAGACUGCGACCAGAAUUACUUAGAGUUCCAGGACUCACCGGAGAGUAACGAAAAUCCAGGAAUUCAGUUCUGUGGCAGAAAUGCUUCCGCGGCACCCACGUUUUAUUCUUCUAUGAGAACUGCAAUUGUCAUUUUCAAAGCCGCAGUGUUUAACAGAAGCUCGAGAGUGGGUUUUACCUAUCAGAUUGCAGAUUGCAACAGAGAAUAUAACAAGGCAUUUGGCAAUCUGAAGAGUCCCGGAUGGCCGGAUAAUUAUAACAAUAACAUGGAUUGCACUAUUAUUCUCACAGCCCCACAGAACCACACAAUCUCCCUCUUCUUUCAUUCGUUUGGCAUCGAGUACUCAAGUGAAUGCAGACAUGAUUUCUUGGAGGUAAGAAAUGGGAGUGGUAGCAGUUCACCAUUGCUCGGCAUAUACUGUGGAACUCUGUUGCCAAAUCCGAUCUUCUCUCAGAAUAAUGAACUAUACCUACGAUUUAAGACUGACAGCGCAGUUUCCAGUCGUGGAUAUGAAAUCAUUUGGACCUCAUCACCCUCAGGCUGUGGUGGAACUCUCUACGGAGACAGCGGCUUGCUCACCAGCCCUGGCUAUCCGGGCACUUACCCAAACAACACUCACUGCGAAUGGGCCAUCAUUGCUCCUGCGAGAAGACCUGUCACCGUCAGCUUUUACUUUAUCAGCAUUGAUGACUCUGGAGACUGUGUCCAGAACUAUCUCAUACUCUAUGAUGGACCGGAUGCUAAUUUUCCAUCCUCUGGACCAUAUUGUGGUGCAGACACUAACAUAGCUCCCUUUGUGGCCUCCUCGAAUCGUGUCUUCAUAAAAUUUCAUGCUGAGUACGCAGCACGCCCAUCAGCAGUCCAGUUAACUUGGGACAGCUAA